AUGGCUGCCCUGGGCCGCCAGCAAGAGGACAACUGUGGUCUGCACGCCACCCAAACCGAUCUCGCGCACAAAGAACCUGCAGCGGCCGUUUUGGCACACAUAGUGCACGCCACGCGGCGAGCGGCCGUCCUGUCCGUUGAGCCGGGCCCAGCUCGGGAUGCCGCAAUCGCACUCGGGGUUGGUGUCCUGGCAGCCGCGCUGGUUGGCGAAGGAGACGAACUUGCGACACGACGCGCAGUAGUACUACGGCCAGCCAGCAUUGCCGUUGAGGUUGGCCAAACUGGUGAUGCGCAGCUGCGCCAAGCCUUUGCAGAGCCAGCAUAUGGCCGGCUGGGAUACUGGCUCCCGCUCUGGUGA